AUGAAACUUGAAGAACUCAAAAGGCUGCAGCACACCUUGGAACAGGUCAAUGAUGGCAAAGACUUGCUUCAAAGCCAUCAGCUUGCCAUGGAUGAAGAAAAUAACAUCGAAAAAUAUCACCUCAACUUACAGCCCUUGGAAUCAAAAGUGAAGAUCAUCCAGCGGGCAUGGCGUGAGUACCUGCAGCGCCAGGACCUGCCCCACCAAGAGCAGCUGGACAAGCGCAGUCCCUCCCCACCCUCCCUCUCCUCGGGCAAGAUGAGCAGGUCCAUCAGCAUGAACACCUUUUCUGACAGCAGCACACCGGUGAGCAUUAUGUAUUUAUAA